ACAACUAUUUCCUUAUGAGUGGGAUGCUACUGCCUACUGAAAGCCAAGACAGACAAUCAUUCCGUUGUUAGGCGUUUAAAAUCCUAGUGGCGUCGUCAGAGAUCAAAGAGAACGAGCAUAGCAACCGAAAAGAGACCCUCAGAAAGCCAUAAAGAUAUCCAAGUACAGCUGUACGAAACCGGAAGUUUUCUUCCUCACUCUUUCGGUGUUGACAUUGAACUAAGAUUUUUCUAUACAAUGGCAUCCAACUAUAAAUUGCCCGACGAGGUCAAUGACACCCGAUUGGAGAAUCUAGGAAAGGAAGUAGAAAUGGAAACGUUUAACUCGAACGUCGAACUAGAAAAACUUACGAUCGAAAGCGAUCGCCAGGGAGAAGAACUACUCGUAAAAAUCGUAUGUGUCGGUGGCUUCACUGGUGGAGUGGGUACCAAAGGCGUCUUCAUAGAUGAUUACCUCGAAGUGUGGCCUCCUGUGCAAACGUAUCGUUCUCCACUAAUCGGAGUAAAAUUUUAUUUGAAAACAAUCAGAUGGCAACGAGGCGACACAGAGAAACCGAUUUCUAUCAAACUACAACUCUGGGAAAUUGCCGAACAGGAACGCUUUUCGAACAUGUUAAAAAUUUACUUCAGGGACUGUCUCGGAGCACUAGUUUUCUGGGGAACACAAAGGCCGUCGACGCUGAAUGAAGCUGUAUUGUGGAGAGAAAAGGUCAAAGAAUUUUGCCCAUGUGCGCCAUGUGUCCUUGUCACUGACAACGUAGGAAAGGAGCCACUGAAAUGGAUUGGGGGUGGGGAAACAUUUAAGAGCGAAAUUGCGUUCGAUCGGUUCUGUGAGGAGCACGGAUUUGUGGAUCAUUUCGAGAUCAAGGCACGUGAUUGGGAAUCAGGGGAGAAGAGCAUUUUUGGACGAGCUGUGACGCGUCUUCUCGAUGAAAUUUUUAAAAAUCAGUGAAGCGAAUGAUGGUGGGAAUUGUGAAUGAUCAAUGUCUUUCGAGGAACUAGGUAUUACGUCAGUAGAGUUAACCAUCGACCAACAGAAGCUAUUUCCUUUCCUUUGUGAAAUUCCGACUAAAUGUCGUUCAUUUUGAAUAUAAUCGUGUUGAAUGACAUGUGGUUAUGGGCGUCUGUGUAUUUACAAAGGUUACGCUUCGAUGGAGACCUUUUAGCGCAGAAAUGAAUAACUGUAAUUUAUGCAACUGUAACAAGAGGGCAUGCAAUACGUGCAUAUUAUUACACACCCUUACCUGCGGUACUUUGCAUUUUUGCGUCGCAUGUUCUGUUCCUUGGCAACAUUUUGUCCAAUUUGUGCAUUCAUAUUUUUUUCCGUUAUAAAUCAAGAGCUUUUAAACACAGGUAAUAAGAGUUGAAAAGUUCAAAAGUCAAUUAUCUUCGUUAUCCUGUUUCCGACACUUACUUCCUAGACAUCGUUACUUCACUCUUACCGUAAGGAUGACCAUAUGG